GGAGGGGCAGGGGCUAAUCAGUGGACACUUGUGUAAUUAAAGUAAGGAGGAUAUAGAGACGGUCAGGUGGCGAACAGGAGCAAGAGAUCGAGGCCAGUGCUACUUCCGGAAAUGGCGACACCGCCACCGAGUAGUAGCAGACUCCGUGGUAUGUUACAAUCUGCAGUGCAAUCUGUUCAAUGGACUUACAGUCUCUUUUGGCAAAUCUGUCCCCAACAAGGGAUGUUAAUAUGGGCAGAUGGGUAUUACAAUGGAGCAAUCAAAACGAGGAAGACAGUGCAACCUAUGGAAGUGAGCUCUGAAGAGGCGUCUCUUCAAAGGAGUCAACAGCUUAGGGAGCUCUACGACACACUGUCUGCCGGAGAAACAAACCAGCCAGCGCGCCGCCCUUGUGCCGCCUUGUCCCCGGAGGACUUAACCGAGUCGGAAUGGUUCUACUUGAUGUGUGUAUCGUUCUCAUUUCCCCCGGGAGUUGGGUUGCCGGGAAAAGCAUACUCAAGGAGGCAACAUGUAUGGCUCACUGGUGCAAAUGAAGUAGAUAGCAAAACCUUCUCCAGAGCUAUUUUAGCCAAGAGUGCUCGAGUUCAAACUGUAGUGUGCAUUCCUCUCCUUGACGGCGUCGUCGAGCUAGGCACAACUGACAGGGUUCCAGAAGACCUAGCCUUCGUCCAACACGUCAAAACUUUCUUCGUCGAUCACCACCACCUUCCACCGCCCAAGCCGGCCCUCUCGGAGCACUCCACCUCCAACCCCGCCACCUCCUCCGACCACCACCCCCGCUUCCAUUCUCCUCACCUCACUGCCAUCCGCAACAACGCGGCAGCAAACAACCCUCCUCCUCUCCACGCAGCCGCGCAAGAAGACGACGAGGACGAGGACGAAGAAGAAGACGACGAAGGAGAGUCCGACUCCGAAGCAGAAACCGGCCGUAACGGUAACGGACGUCCUCUCCCUCCUGCGGGAACAAACGUCCCCGCAGCCGAGCCUAGCGAGCUCAUGCAGCUCGAAAUGUCGGAAGACAUCCGCCUCGGCUCCCCUGACGACGCCUCCAACAACUUGGACUCGGACUUCCACAUGCUGGCCGUCAGCCAGUCCGCCAACGCCGCCGAUCAGCAGCGCCAAGCCGACUCGUAUCGCGCCGAGUCCGCCCGGCGCUGGCCUCCCGUCCAACCGCCUAUGAGCGCCGUCCAACCACCACCCUCAGGACCGCUGGCGUUGGAGGAAUUGAACCACGACGACACACACUACUCGGAAACGGUCUCCACCAUACUUCAGACGCAAGCCACACGGUGGACCGAUUCGUCGUCCAAUGACUACGUCACCUACUCCAGCCAAUCGGCUUUCGCCAAGUGGACGAGCCGAGCCGACCACCACCUUCUGCUGCCGGUUGAGGGCGCGUCCCAAUGGCUACUAAAGUACAUUUUGUUUAGUGUGCCCUUCCUGCACACGAAAUAUCGGGACGAGAAUUCGCCGAAGUCGUCCCAUGACGGCGAAGGCUCGACCCGGUUGAGGAAGGGGACGUCACAAGACGAGCUGAGUGCUAAUCAUGUGUUGGCAGAAAGGCGUAGAAGGGAGAAGCUUAACGAGAGGUUUAUUAUAUUAAGGUCGUUGGUGCCAUUUGUGACAAAAAUGGACAAGGCCUCGAUUUUGGGGGAUACGAUCGAGUAUGUGAAGCAGCUGCGUAAGAAGAUUCAGGACCUCGAGGCACGUAACGUGCACUUGGAGGACGAUCAACAACGGACGAGAUCGUUGGGGGAGAUACAACGGUCUAGUAGCAUGAAAGAGUUACGGAGCGGGCUCACGGUCACGGAGCGCUCCCGAGUGGGCCCGCCCGGGUCGGACAAGAGGAAGUUGAGGAUCGUGGAAGGGAGUGGUGGUGUGGCGGUCGCUAAGCCUAAAGCGGUAGAGGAACCGACCCCGCCUCCGCCACCACCGGCACCUGAGCUGACCCCACCAACGCCCAUGUUGACGGGGACGUCUCUAGAGGUGUCGAUAAUAGAGAGCGACGGAUUGUUGGAGCUCCAAUGCCCGUACCGAGAAGGGUUGUUACUUGAUGUCAUGCAGACACUACGAGAUCUCCGUAUUGAGACCACGGUUGUGCAAUCCUCUUUGAACAGUGGCAAUUUCGUAGCUGAGCUAAGGGCCAAGGUGGGCAAGAAAACAACCAUCACACAAGUGAAGAGGGCAGUAAAUCAAGUCAUACCCCAGUCUGACUCUUAACGAUAAUUAGUGCGUAAUUAGUAUUAUGUUAGAGUUUUUUGGCCUUCUAGGGGAAUCCCAGCUUAACUAUAGCUUAGUAUUAUCAGUGUACAAUAUAAGAAGAACUUGCUGUUUAUUAUUUGAUUCCCCAUGUAUUCUAACAAAAACUGUUUUGGCUGUGAAAUUCAACAGUAUUAAACCAGAUUUGCAAAUCGAAUUACCAUUGUAUAUGUUCUGCCGCAGUAUUUGCAAAGGCGGUCUCCUUGACGCCUUGAGGCUCUCGCCUCGCGAGGCUUCACCAAUUCGCCUUCGCCUUUGA